AUGGACACCGCCGCCGCUGCCGAUGCCACCAGGAGCAACGGGGCCAGCCCGGAGGCCCGCGAGGCGCGCAGCCCGCCGGGCCCCAGCAGCAGCCCCGAGAGCGCGGCCAAGGCCGAGGGCAAGGACGCCAAGACGCCCAACGGGCACGGCGGCGGGGAGGCGACCGAGGCCAAGAGCCUGGGCAGCGGCGGCCCCAAGGCCGGUGAGGGCAAGAGCGCCCUGUUCUCGGGCGGUGACUGGCGCCGGCCCAUCGUCCAGUUCGUGGAGUCGGUGGACGACAAGGCGUCCAGCUACUUCAGCAUGGACUCGGGGGAGGGCCGGCGCUCGCCCUACGCCGGCCUGCAGCUGGGCGCCGCCAAGAAGCCGGGGGUCACCUUCGCCGACAAGGGCGAGCUGCGCAAGAGCCUCUUCUCGGAGCCGCGGAAGCCGUCGGUGACCAUCGUGGAGCCCGGCGAGACGCGGCGUCACAGCUACCCGCGGCCGGACGCGGGCCCCGGCCUGCGCGCCAAGGCGGCCGGCGAGGACGUGCUGUGCGACUCGUGCAUCGGCAACAAGCAGAAGGCCGUGAAGUCGUGCCUGGUGUGCCAGGCCUCCUUCUGCGAGCUGCACCUCAAGCCCCACCUGGAGGGCGCCGCCUUCCGCGACCACCAGCUGCUCGAGCCCAUCCGCGACUUCGAGGCCCGCAAGUGCCCGCUGCACGGCAAGACCAUGGAGCUGUUCUGCCAGACGGACCAGACGUGCAUCUGCUACCUGUGCAUGUUCCAGGAGCACAAGAACCACAGCACCGUGACCGUGGAGGAGGCCAAGGCCGAGAAGGAGACGGAGCUGUCCCUGCAGAAGGAGCAGCUGCAGCUCAAGAUCAUCGAGACAGAGGACGAGGCCGAGAAGUGGCAGAAGGAGAAGGACCGCAUCAAGAGCUUCACCACCAACGAGAAGGCCAUCCUGGAGCAGAACUUCCGCGACCUGGUGCGCGACCUGGAGAAGCAGAAGGAGGAGGUGCGGGCGGCGCUGGAGCAGCGCGAGCAGGACGCCGUGGACCAGGUGAAGGUCAUCGUGGACGCGCUGGACGAGCGGGCCAAGCUGCUGCACGAGGACAAGCAGACGCGCGAGCAGCUGCACGGCAUCAGCGACUCCGUGCUGUUCCUGCAGGAAUUUGGAGCACUGAUGAGCAACUACUCGCUCCCACCGCCCCUGCCCACCUACCACGUCCUGCUGGAGGGUGAGGGGCUGGGUCAGUCGCUGGGCAACUUCAAGGAUGACCUGCUCAACGUGUGCAUGCGGCACGUGGAGAAGAUGUGCAAGGCCGACGUCAGCCGCAGCUUCAUCGAGAGGAGCCACAUGGAGAACGGGAGUGACCACCGCUACAUGAACAGUUACAACAGCUACAGCAGUGAAUGGAGUGCCCCAGAGACCAUGAAGAGGUACUCGAUGUACCUGACACCCAAGGCCGGAGCCCGGACGUCCUACCAGCCCGGGUCGCCCAGCCGCCUCUCCAAGGAGACCAACCAGAAGAACUUCAACAACCUCUACGGCACCAAAGGGAACUACACAUCGCGCGUGUGGGAAUUCUCCUCCACCAUCCAGAGCUCUGAGGACUCACCCCCCGUCCAGGGGAACUCCUCCUUCUCCCUGAAAGGCUACCCCUCCCUCCUGCGGAGCCAGAGCCCCAAGGCCCAGCCCCAGACUUGGAAAUCUGGCAAGCACACCAUGCUGUCUCACUACCGGCCGUUCUACGUGAACAAAGGCAACGGCAUCGGCUCCAACGAGGCGCCUUGAGCAGCCGUGCCCGCACCCGGCCCCAGCCUGCCCCCCGCUCUCGCCUGCUCAGCUCCUGCUCUCGGGCCUGCUCUACGCUGGA